AUGGGGGAGGAGGCGAGGGGGGCGGCGGUGACGGGGGAGGUGGGCUGGGUGGCGGCGGCGACGGAGGUGGCGGGGAGGGCGGCGGAGGGCUGGGCGGUGGAGGGCUUGGCGGAGGCGGGGACGGCGGGGGUGGCGAGGGCGGAGGCGGGCUUGGGGGAGGGGGGCUUGGGGGCGGCGGAGAGGGUGGCGGAGGCGACGGCGGCGGCGGAGAGGGUGGAGGCGGCGAGGGCGGGGGCGGCGAAGGUGGUGGCGGCGAGGGAGGCAGCGGUGAGGGCGGCGGUGGCGACGGCGGCGGUGGCGAGGGCGGUGGCGGGGACGGCGGCGGAGGUGACGGUGGCGGUGGGCUCGGAGGCGGCAGAGACGGCGGCGGAGGCGAGGGCGGCGGCGGCGAGGGCGGCGGCGGCGACGGUGGCGGCGGCGAGGGGGGCGGUGGUGAAGGCGGAGGCGGCGACGGCGGCGGAGGCGAGGGCGGCGGCGGCGAGGGAGGCGGUGGGGACGGCGGUGGUGGAGACGGAGGUGGCGGGGAGGGCGGCGGCGGGCUCGGUGGCGGCGGGGACGGGGGAGGAGGAGAGGGCGGAGGCGGCGAAGGUGGCGGGGGACUUGGAGGCGGUGGCGAGGGAGGCGGCGGCGAUGGCGGGGGUGGCGACGGAGGCGGCAAGCUGGGCGGUGGGGGCGAGGGCGGUGGGGGAGACGGAGGCGGCGGGGAGGGUGGCGGCGGAGACGGCGGAGGCGGGGAGGGCGGCGGCGGGCUGGGCGGUGGAGGCGAGGGUGGCGGCGGAGACGGAGGAGGCGGGGAGGGCGGCGGCGGCGAGGGAGGUGGUGGUGACGGUGGCGGUGGCGAGGGGGGCGGAGGGCUGGGCGGUGGUGGGCUGGGUGGCGGCGGCGACGGAGGUGGGGGUGAGGGGGGCGGCGACGAGGGUGGAGGCGGGCUGGGAGGCGGUGGCGAGGGCGGAGGACGCGACGGCGGCAGUGGAGAUGGCGGCGGCGGACUCG